CAUCACCAAUCAGGUGUAUUAAGCUUCUCUCUUUACUUCCCCCAUCUCGUGCGCGCCCAUGCCUUCUCACUCGCUAACUCUCACGUUCAUUUGCAUACUUCCAUUCACUCACUCAGAGGCGAACGCACAUUCUCAGUCACUCCACACUACUGACAGCUUGGUUCAUUGUCAGUCCCUGUCUGCCCGUACAGGGGUUUGUCUUCAACACAGAGGAUCACUGGAAAGCUUUAAAAAAGAAAACUCAUAUACGAUAUUGAUAUUUAUUCCACAGUUUCUAUACUUUCUGGAAAUAGCUCUGGUGGAAGAAUGCUCCAAAAAGACCCAUGACGAUGCACAGGAGAAUGAGAACGUGUCGAACGGCUGUGUGAGUAAGAUCCUGGGGAGAUACUAUGAAACAGGCUCCAUCCGACCACGGGCUAUUGGUGGCAGUAAACCAAGGGUCGCGACCCCUGACGUUGUGAGCAAAAUCACGCAGUACAAGACGGGGUGUCCCUCUAUCUUCGCUUGGGAAAUUCGUGACAGACUACUAUCUGAUGGGAUUUGCACUAACGACAAUAUACCAAGUGUUUCUUCGAUAAAUCGCGUUCUGCGCAACUUGGCCAGCGAAAAGCAACAGAUGGGUACAGAUGGUAUGUACGACAAACUGAGGAUGUUCAAUGGACAAACUGGCACGUGGGGGACACGACCUGGGUGGUACGCCGGAAAUUCGGUGCCAGGGCAACCAAACCAAGAUGGUUGCCAGAAACAGGACAAUGGUGUUGAGAACAGUAACCUGAUAAGCUCUAACGGAGAAGACUCAGAUGAGACCCAGUUGCGGCUGCAGUUAAAAAGAAAGUUGCAAAGAAACCGAACAUCAUUCACUCAGGAACAAAUUGAUGCAUUGGAAAAGGAAUUUGAAAGAACUCAUUAUCCUGAUGUUUUUGCAAGAGAACAACUUGCAGCCAAAAUUUAUCUGCCAGAAGCUAGAAUACAAGUUUGGUUCUCCAAUAGAAGAGCUAAGUGGAGAAGAGAAGAAAAGCUGAGGAACCAGCGCCGACAAGUCAACAACUCUUCCAACCAUAUUCCCAUCAGCACCAGCUUCAGCACUAGUGUUUACCAGGCAAUUCCACAGCCUACUACACCUGUGCCCUUUACUUCAGGGUCUAUAUUGGGUAGGUCUGAGGGAUCCCUAACGAACACAUACAGUGGGUUGCCUCCCAUGCCCAGUUUUACCAUGGCUAACAACCUGCAACCCAGCCAGACAUCUUAUCCCUGCAUGCUGCCUACAAGCCCUUCAGUGAGUGGGCGGAACUAUGAUAUAUACACACCCCCUCAUAUGCAAGCACACAUGAACAGCCAAUCAACGGCAACGUCUGGCACCAACUCAACAGGACUUAUCUCUCCUGGAAUAUCUGUUCCUGUGCAGGUGCCUGGCAGUGACCCAGAUGUUGACAUGUCUCAGUACUGGUCAAGACUACAGUAGAGAAAAGUUAUUUUGCUCUCUUAACUUUAAAAGCAAUAGAACUCUCCAGCAGUAUAUCUCUCUCACACACACACACACACACACACACACACACACACACACACACACACACACACACACACACACACUCACACACUCACUCACUCACUCACUCAAGAGUGUGGGUUGCUUUCUUUAUUCUGAAAUGCUUAAAGAGGAGCAAUUCCAGGCAAAAGAAUAAGCGACCUGGUCAUGCUUGUGAUGAACCUGGAGUUUAAAACAUUCGCUGGAGAAGUCAAAAUAAAAAACAACAAAGCUUCAUGUCUUGCAUUUACUUUUUAGUUUUUUUUUUCUGUGUGUAUCUGUAUGCU